AUGGAAUUCCUCCAGGAUAUUGUCAGGAAUGUAUGGGUUCAAUACGACUACUCUAAAAGGCUUGAAGAGAGUCUUGAUGUUCUAAAAACCGAAAUGCAAGAGUUGAGCAGCCAGAAGACCGAUGUAAAGAACGAAUUGAACACAGCGAAGGUAAUGCAUGAAAAAAAACCAAAGCGAGAGGUGAGUUUAUGGCUGAAAAAUGUGCAGAGGACUACAAGUGAAGUGACUAAGAUAGAAGAAGUUUAUUUUGAAGUGAGGGGAGAUUUUCCACUCCCACGUGUUGCAUUGGGAAAGCGUGUCGUAGAGAAGAUUGAAGAGGUGGUGAAGCUUAAGGAGAAAGGUCGAUUUUCAGAAGGGUUACUUGCUAAUCUAUUACCUGAAAGUGGAAGUAUGCCCACAACAGAACUGAUGGGUAAAAGGAUAGCGAAAAGAAAUUUGAAAUAG